UAAAUACCAGCAGAGUGCUUCCUGGUUGAGCGCAUUUUGGUACAAGUGUAUACAGAACAUUGUUGCAUCCCACAUUAUAAAACUUGUAACCACAAGACUGUGUUCUUUGCAUCCUUUCCACCUCCAGUCCUCAAGUACCUGUGUUGAGUGCAGCUACCCUUCCUAUGAGCAGUUCCUACUCAGUCUUCUAUGAGAAAAAAUGAAGCUUGACAUCCAAUGGCUGGUGGAAAAGGUAUAUUUCCCCUUUUUCGACUCUGCAACAGCCUCUUUAAACUGUUUAAAUGAGAAUGUCCUUGGCUCAGAGAGUACUACUCACCUGGCUUUUCACAUUACUCUUCCUGAUCAUGUUGGUGUUGAAACUGGAUGAGAAGGCACCUUGGAACUGGUUCCUCAUAUUUAUUCCAGUCUGGAUAUUUGACACUAUACUUCUUGUCAUGCUGAUUGUGAAAAUGGCUGGGCGAUGUAAGUCUGGCUUUGACCCUCGACAUGGAUCACACAAUAUUAAAAAAAAAGCCUGGUACCUCAUUGCAAUGUUACUUAAAUUAGCCUUUUGCCUUGCACUCUGUGCUAAACUGGAACAGUUUACUACCAUGAAUCUUUCUUAUGUCUUCAUUCCUUUAUGGGCCUUACUGGCUGGGGCUUUGAUAGAGCUUGGAUAUAAUGUCUUUUUUGUCAGAGACUGACUUCUAAGGACAUCAUCUCUUUUUAUUGCUGUUCAACAAGCUAUCAUUAAAGUGUUAUGAAUCUUUGCAAGCUUGAAGAAUACCAGAGAACUAAGAAAAAUACCAAAUGUAGUUUUAUACAGCUGCCAUAAAACAUUCUUGGUGAAUCAUGGACUUCUAGUCAACCCAAAGCUUAAUUAUUCAAUAUUUGAGUUAUUAAUAUCUUUAUUAUCCCUAUAUAAAUAAAGUUUGUUUUGGACCUUA